AUUCUCCAUUGCUGUGAUACAGGGAGGCAGCAGUGUCGCCUUUUCUGAGCAAUACAUAGGCCUGCACAUACAUCUAAAGGAUUCCACCCCUUCAGACUGCAAUCCUUAUUUGAAUCAGGUGUGUACAAACAUGUUGAGAACCCAAGAAUUGGAAUAUUGAGCAUUCCACAUCUAUCUCACAUUUCCUCUGUCUAGAAGAUCAAAGUGCCUGAGACAUUCUCCUUGCAGUUAGUGACACAUUUCAUCUCAAAGGACAGUCAAGGAAAGAAAGAUAGGGGUUGUAAUUUAUCUUAGCCAAAUGCAUAUAUAUAAUCUUGGGGCUCAAGUAAAAGGGUAAACUGGCUUUCUGAUCCCGGAAUCUUUUAGUAAACUAUUGUGAGGACAGUAAUGUAAAAAUAAUUUCCCUGAUUUUUUUCCCCCCUCCAUCCUUCCCUUACAACAUUUACCUCCCUUGUUUCCUCUUCCCUAUUUACAGCUGUUUCUCUUUGCAUUUAUUCGUUCUAGUUGAACAUUUCUUGCAUUACACUCAAUAAUUUUGUAAACAUUACGUUUGUACUUACUGCAAACCAAUUAUCUCAAUUUACUUAAUAAUUUCAACUGUGAUAUGACACAUUAUCAAAAAUAUUUUGUGUCUUUUUAGUCACCAUGACAUUGAUUUUCCAAUAACACUUGUAGUUAUUCUCAAACUUUUGUCUGUCCAACAUUCUGUAUUUUUUUAUUCCUUUACCCACACGCAACAUGUGGUCCCUGCUUUACCUGUCUUCCCUCCUUUCCCUUCCCCUCCGUUCCUUUUCACUCCAGUUCUAUGGGGCGCCUGGUCAAUGGGUCCGUUACUCUCAUCCUACCGAAGCCAGUAGUAAUGGAGGGUGGGGAGAACACCUCACUUUCCGAAUUAGAACAAAUGCCAGUCGUGGCCUCCUCCUCUAUCAAGAUGAUGAAGGAGACUGUGACUUUCUUGAGUUGGCUUUGGAUGGUGGACGUCCACGCCUAAGGUUCUCCAUUUCUUGUUCAGAACCUGCUGUUGUACGUCUGGCUCGGGUAGUAUCAGAUGGCCUUUGGCAUGGCAUAGUAAUUGGCGGUAAUGGCCGUGAGGGUUGGCUGAGUGUAGACGGAGAAAGAGGAGCAGCUGAAGUUCGAUCAAAGCGCAGAGAAAUGACACUCCGAAGUGACCUUUUUGUAGGUGGUCUUCCAUCGGAUCUACGUUUAUCAGCACUUACUUUGGGUGGCGCUAAAUAUGAACCACCAUUUCUAGGUGAAUUGGAAGUGCUAAGAUUGGGGGGUAGGCCAGGACAACUAUUAGCCAGUCAAGGAGUGGGAGGAACAGAAGAGGAGGAAGACAGGGGGGCAAAUCGAGAAAUGUCCAGUUCAUGCCAAGGAGCAAACCCAUGUCUCAAUGGAGGAAAAUGCAGAGAUGAGGUAGAAGGAGACAUAUGGUGUGACUGUCGGGAUACUGGGUACCACGGAGAAAACUGCUCUGAAGAGGAUCGUGUGAUCGAAGGGAAGGAAGAAUAUGCAGCGACAUUCAGAGGAAAUGAAUUUUUUUGCUACAACUUGUCCCACAGUCCUAUUCAGAGCAGUGCCGAUGAAAUUACCCUCUCCUUUAGAACCCUGCAGAGGAAUGGACUGAUGCUUCAUACAGGAAAAUCAGCAGACUAUGUCAACCUUUCACUAAAAAGUGGUGCAGUGUGGUUGGUCAUCAACCUUGGAUCAGGCGCAUUUGAAGCUCUAGUGGAACCAGUGAAUGGAAAGUUUAAUGACAAUAACUGGCAUGACGUCCGUGUCACCAGGAAUCUACGGCAGCAUGCAGGCAUCGGACAUGCUCUGGUCACUAUUUCAGUUGAUGGAAUUCUCACUUCAACUGGUUACACUCAAGAAGACUACACCAUGCUGGGAAGUGAUGACUUCUUCUACAUUGGGGGCAGUCCAAACACAGCUGAUCUUCCAGGGUCCCCUGUCAGUAACAACUUCAUGGGGUGCCUCAAAGAUGUUGUCUACAAAAAUAAUGAUUUCAAACUUGAACUGUCCCGUUUGGCUGCUGAUGGUGAUCCAAAGAUGCGACUGAGUGGUGAUCUUUUAUUUCGAUGUGAAAAUGUUCCUUCUUUAGACCCUGUUACUUUUCAAGUACCUGAGGCAUUUUUGCACCUUCCCCGUUGGGAGACCAAGAAAGCUGGAUCCAUAUCAUUUGACUUUCGAACCACAGAGCCAAAUGGUCUUCUUCUUUUCAGUCAGGGAAGGCCACGUGGUGGUGGAAAUGUACCAGGAACAAUUCCUGGAGCAGUUACCGCUGGACGACCUGAAAGACCACCAAAAGCAGAUUACUUUGCUGUGGAAUUACUUGAAGGAACUCUCUAUCUUCUCCUUGAUCUUGGGUCUGGUGGAAUUAAAGUGAAAGCAAGUCACAAAAAGGUCAACGAUGGAGAAUGGUGCCAUGUUGACAUCCAGAGAGAUGGCAGAAAAGGUUCUAUCUCGGUUAACAGUCGAAAUACACCCUUUCAGGUUGGGGGAGAGAGUGAAAUUCUUGACCUUGAAGGAGACAUGUACCUUGGAGGUCUUCCAGAACCCAGAGAAGAUCUUCAACUCCCCCCUGAGGUGUGGACAGCCUCCCUUGGCUUGGGUUUUGUAGGUUGCAUAAGGGACCUUUUUGUGGAUGGAAAAAGCAGAGAUAUCCGACGACUGGCUGAAUCUUCAGGAACUGCAAGUGUAGCCCCUUUCUGUACUCGGGAGACUCCACGGCACUGUGCAAAUUCUCCGUGCAGAAAUGGAGGACAAUGCAGAGAAGGCUGGAACCGCUUUAUUUGUGACUGUGUGGGGACAGGGUACCUUGGGGAAACAUGUGAGAGAGAAGCAGCAGUUCUGAGCUAUGAUGGCAGUAUGUACCUUAAGGUUCUGCUCCCUGGAGUCGCCCACACAGAAGCAGAAGAUGUUUCCUUACGUUUCAUGUCUCAACGAGCAUAUGGGCUUCUUUUGGCCACCACUUCUAAAGAGUCGGCAGACACUCUGCGACUAGAACUUGAUGGAGGAAAAGUGAAGCUCACUGUAAACCUAGACUGUAUUCGGAUAGUGUGCGGGCCCAGUAAGGGCCCAGAGACUUUGUACGCAGGUCAAAAGCUAAAUGAUAAUGAAUGGCACACAGUAAGAGUACUACGCAGAGGAAAAUAUCUGCAGCUCGGCGUGGACAAUGUCACCGUAGAAGGACACAUGGCUGGUGACCAUACUCGACUGGAGCUUCAUCACCUAGAAACUGGCAUAAUGACUGAACGCAGAUUUCUUUCAGCCCCACCUUCAAACUUCUUAGGUCAUUUAACAGCUUUACGUUACAAUGGAGCACCAUAUCUUGAUUUAUGUCAAGAUGGUGAAUUAGGUAGACGUUGUGAGCUCAAUGCUCGUGCUGGUGGUCUUCGUCCACUGUUAGCUGAUCCUGUAGUCUUUCGCUCAGGUCCAGCCCAUCUUGCCUUGCCGCGGCUUCAGGCUUAUGCUUCCAUGCAUCUCCUCUUCAUGUUCCGUACGCGACAUCCUGAUGGACUCCUACUUUACAAUGGUGGUCAAGGGCCUGAUUUUAUUGCUGUGGAACUUGUAAAAGGGUAUAUACACUAUGUCUUUGAUCUUGGGAAUGGUCCAUCCUUGAUGAAAGGCAACUCGGAAAGAGCUUUAAAUGAUAACCAGUGGCAUAGUGUUGCUGUCUCCAGAGAUCCCGGAAAUGCACAUACUUUGAGAAUUGAUGGAAGGACAGUUACGCAACACUCUACUGGUGCCAGCAAUCUAGAUCUAAAGGGUGAACUGUAUAUUGGUGGCCUUCCAAGGAAUAUGUAUGUCACUCUUCCAAAGCUUGUUGCAUCUCGAGAUGGUUUCCAGGGAUGUCUUGCUUCUGUGGAUCUUAAUGGACGCCUUCCAGAUCUCUUGACUGAUGCUCUCCAUCGAUUUGGUCCAGUAGUAAGGGGAUGCGAUGGGCCAAGCACAACAUGUUCAGAAGAAUCUUGUGGCAACCUUGGUGUAUGUCUACAACAGUGGGAUGGCUUUACAUGUGAUUGCACCAUGACAACCUAUACAGGGCCAGUCUGUAAUGCCCCUGGUACCACAUAUAUAUUCGGAAAAGGAGGAGCUCUUAUUACCUAUACCUGGCCUCCUAAUGACCGUCCCAGUACAAGAGCUGAUCGACUUGCAGUUGGCUUUACUACACAACAAAAGGAUGCAGUAUUACUUCGAGUAGACAGUGCUUCUGGUCUGGGAGACUACUUGCAGCUUCACAUAGACCAGGGCACAGUGGGGGUGAUUUUUAACGUGGGCACAGAUGAUAUAACGAUUGAAGAGCCAGGGGCUAUUGUAAGCGAUGGGAAGUAUCAUGUGGUCCGAUUUACCCGUAGUGGAGGUAAUGCUACCCUGCAGGUGGACAGCUGGCCGGUCAAUGAGAGAUACCCUGCAGAUUCUAAUUCCUCUAAUGUUGUUUUAUUAAAACUCUAUAAAGGGAACCCAGAUAGUGAAAGACUGGCACUUGCCCGUCAGCGCAUCCCCUACCGCCUGGGUCGUGUUGUAGACGAGUGGCUGCUAGACAAAGGUCGGCAGCUCACCAUAUUCAACAGCCAGGCAGCCAUCAAAGUUGGUGGAAAGGACCAAGGACGGCCAUUCCAGGGUCAGAUCUCAGGCUUGUAUUACAAUGGUCUAAAGGUGCUCUCCCUAGCUGCAGAGAGUGACCCCAAUAUCAGGACGGAAGGCAAUCUUAUGCUUGUUGGUGAGGUUCCAUCAGUCAUGACCACUGAGACAACAGCCACUACACUUUUGGCUGACAUGUCUACCACCAUCAUGGAAACAACUACAACUAUGGCCACCACCACCACUAGGAAAGGGAGAUCUCCAACCAUGAGAGACAGCAUCGCACAAAAUUCUGAUGAUCUUCUGGUUGCAUCAGCUGAGUGUCCUAGUGAUGAUGAAGAUUUGGAAGAGUGUGAGCCCAGCACGGGAGGGGAGUUAAUAUUGCCCAUAAUUACUGAAGAUUCCUUAGAUACCCCUCCUAUUGCUACUCGCUCCCCAUUUAUACCUCCUCCCCCUACAUACCGAACUGUCCUUACUCUGGACACCACCAAAGAUUCCUUGAGUGUUCCUUCCAACCUGAGGCCACCAUGCCCAUCUGAGCAAGAAGAUAGUGAUUGCGAGGAGGGGAUAGAGGUUUCUGGUUAUGCCUCUGGGGAAGUAUUUGAAUCAAGUUUUCCUCCAACAGAUGAUGAGGACUUCUAUACCAGUUUCCCAUUGGUAACAGAAAAAACCCCACCAUCUAAAACAGAAAGGAGAACUCCUGGCUCACGUCCAAAUAUAAAGUCAGGAGGCUCAACAUCUUCUCCUUAUGACCUUCUCACCUCCACCACAUCCCCAGACCUUGUCCGGAACAUCCCUGCCGGCAAAAUGAAUAACAGGGAACCCCUAAAACCCAACAUAGACCAAUUUCCCAAUAUCCCUACCUCUUUUCAAAUGGACAAAUUAAAUAAGCAGAGAUUUCCAUCUAUUACAUCUUCUCCUAAUUUCCACAAUUUUCCAACAGCAAAUCCUACAGGCUCAGGGGAGAAAGGAUCACCUGGAGCUGUGGAAGUUAUCAGGGAGUCCAGUAGCACCACAGGAAUGGUUGUCGGAAUUGUGGCAGCAGCUGCCCUUUGCAUCCUCAUUCUUCUCUACGCAAUGUACAAAUACAGAAACCGAGAUGAGGGAUCAUACCAAGUGGACCAAACUCGGAACUACAUCAGUAACUCAGCCCAGAGUAAUGGUGCUGUGGUAAAAGAAAAGACAGUGCCUGCCACAAAAACAACUGGUAAAAAUAAGAAAAAUAAGGACAAAGAGUAUUAUGUGUGAAAGCCUAACAGACUCUCCCAACUAUGGGAGUUUAGUUGGAUAUCAUCAAGCCAGCCUAUCAUUGGAGAAACCAGAUUGAACCUAUGCUGUAACCAACCAUUGACUCGGAUUAAAGGAACAGUGAUUAAUCCCUAGGUUAAACAAGAUAUUCCUAGGGUUUACAAGAUAUUAAGAUUUGGUCAGCAUUUUGAAUGUCAAAAAUUGCCAACUUAUUGUACUGACUCUGUAGUAUCAUACAUGGAUAUAUUCACCGGCCUUCAAGUUUCCAAAGCUUGUGUGAAUAUCAAUCUUCUACUAAUUGAACAUGAGAUCCAGUCAUCUAUUGAUAUCAAAUCAGAACAAGAGAUGCAUCCUGCACUCAGUACAACUAAGUGCUCAGUGUCUCCCAUCUAAAUUUUUGCUUUCAGUCUCAAAUUUAGAUAUAUCCCUUGCCAAAUAUGUCUCUUCAUAAUCCUGUAGAUGUGGAUAAACAAAAAAUCAAGAUUUUCCCUUGUGAUAAAUACUGUUUCAGAUUAUUAUAGGAAAAAACUAUAAUAAAUACUGCUGGUUAUAAUACUGAGUAAAGGGACUUAGGUGCCAGAGACUUUUUACAUGGACAGACUAGUUAAAGUUGGGGGGAGGGGGUGUGGUACAUAAUGAUUAUUCAAAUGUAAUUUCUUACAACAUGGAGUCAUUAAUGGGAGAAGAUGGGUAGCAUGUUCAAAAGAUAAUGACACACAAAAAAAUGUUAUGAAGAGAACUGACCUUGGACUCUCCCCUCUGUUCCCUAUAUUUCCUAACAUUUUUCUUUGCCCUCUCAAAGAUCAAGGGUAUUUCUAUUCCGGUUUGUGUGGUGUUGUCUUGGUUUUUUGAACACUGAGCCGUGCAAUUGACUUGUAAAUGAACUACAACUUGAAGAACCACAACUUGAAGAAAAAGCUUAUCUUAUUACCCCAUUAUCUCCUGAUACCCCGGUAUUUACCUAAACAGUAAUGGGGGCUGGGGUAUUGGGGAACAGAUCAUCAGAAUAUCAAUAAAGCAAAUGUUACGGACUUGUAUUGGA